UACCGAUGGAAUUACAUCGAAUUAAUGCCCUUGCUAACUGUAAGAAUUUACGAACAGUGGAUCUUGAAAUAAUGGAUUACCCGAGAGUACACUUUGAUGAUAGCUUAAGCAGAUUGCUUUCCUCCUGUCAACUGCUGGAAGAAAUAUAUUUGAAUAAUAUUGUCCUCACUGAUCGCAAUUUGAAAUUACUGGCGGAGUGCAAAAACUUGAAACGUUUACAUCUGAAAAACGUAGAAUUUGUAACACCUGAUAAUGUUUCCAUUAUUCUUGAGCAAUGUUCUAAAUUGCAAAAGUUGUUCCUCGAAGUCCACAAUAUUAGCCGCAAUUUGAUUAGGCAGUGGCGGAAGAGUCAUCCACAUGUGUAUAUAUACGCGUCAGGGGGAAUAUAUAUGUGA